CUUGCCCGGAAACUCAUGUCAAUUUCUAGAAAUUAAGAAAAUGAACACCCUGUUGCUACUAGUUUCACUUUCAAUUAUCCCUUUAGCCCUGUGUGUACCCAAUCCCUCAAGGUUGUUAGCAGGUUCAUCGCCAUCUCCAGUUCUGGACAUCAAUGGAGACAAAGUACAAGUGGGUCUCAACUAUUUCGUGCUGCCGGUGAUCCGAGGUAGAGGAGGCGGACUUUACCCUUCCAACGUUAAACAAAAUAAUACUUGUCCUAGAGACAUUAUUCAAGAAGUCGAUGAAGUACAACAAGGCUUGCCUGUGGUUUUCACACCUUUUGAUGCCAAAAAAGGUGUUGUUCGUCUUUCAACUGAUCUUAAUGUCAGGUUUUUUACUCCAACUAUUUGUGCUAGAGAGACUAUCUGGAAACUUGGGACCUAUGAUGACAAGUUGAAGCAAUACUUCAUGGUAACUGGUGGAGUUGAAGGGAACCCAGGGCCUCAAACAUUGAGCAGUUGGUUCAAGAUUGAGAAACUUGGGACGGAUUAUAAGUUUGUGUUCUGUCCAAGUGUGUGCAAGAUUUGCAAGGUUAUUUGCAAAGAUGUCGGUAUAUACAGUACUAAGGAUGGAGUCAGGUUUAUGGCUCUCAGUGACACUCCAUUUAGGGUUAUGUUCAAGAAGACUUUCUAAUCCUGCUUUUAUUACUCCACUUUCCAAUAAUUAAUGUUCUACUUCUCUAAUGCAAUCUUGCUUGUGUUCGUUAAUUUGAACAUGGUAAUGCGACUUCUAUCUGUGUUUGAUUUU